AUGAAAGUACACAUGGCGAGAGACUCAUUUUUUCAUGAUUUUGUAGAAAUCCUAUUAUUACAAAUUUUCUUAAAAAAAGAUGAAGCAAAUUUUGCUAAAAGUGGAUGGAAGGAAAAGAAGAAGGAAGAGUUUUACUUCAUACUGAGAAUUGGAAAUGCCUUGGGCUAUCUAGCAUUUAUAGCCGAUUUUGAAAAACAACCCAAUAAAUGUGAGAACGGUGACUCCGACGUUACCAAUACAUUUUUGAAACAAGCGCAAACUUUAGCUAUUAUUUUAACAUUUAUCUCCAAUGCCUUCAAUUUCGCAUCAACAUUUACAUUCAUCCGAAGGAUAUAUCCUUCGUGUAACUCUUAUGCUUUUACCUCAGCUUUUAGAAGAAAUUGGUGCAUUUUGAAUUAUAUAGUCUUAACAAUGGUACAUUUCCUGUGGAUUUCACAAAUGAUGAUUAAGUUGUCACCUUUAAAACAAUUUUGUCAAACUUUUCUUACGAAAUGGUUUUUCCAAGCUUUACCCGAAAUACAUUUGAUACAGCGCUCAUUUGCUAAUAGACUUUCUCCACCUCUACAGAUCCACCCAGUUGCCUUAUGGUCUACAAACCCAGCAUUAUUGACGCUUAACACAUCAGUGGCAUGGGUGGACAACUUUUGGCGUAUUGUAGUUAUGUAUAACAUCAAAGAAACUGUUUGGAGGCUUUUUGAUGGCGCAAAUACAAAUAUUAUAAAUUCGCAGUCAUUUACUAGUUUUCCUUCACGUCUUUUGCCUUUUACUUUAGGCAACCCAAUCAAGACUUUACUCAGAGGUAAGGCGACAAUUAGAAGUUAUGCAAUUUACUAA